AUGGAGGGGCAUCCAUAUGCGAGACGAUCUAAAGAUGAAUAUCGAUUGGUUGAAGAUAUGACAAAGAAAAAUGUGCCGUCACGUGACAUUCUAUCGAUAUUAAAGUCGCAAAAUGAAAAUAACGUGUCAACACUUAAAGACAUAUGUAAUGCACAAUAUAAAAUUCGCAAGUCCUUACAAGUUGAGAAAAGUAUGAUGCAGGUUCUUAUGUCUCUUUUACACUCCAAUGGUUAUGUUCACGACUUUUCUACAAAUGAUGUUACGAAUGAGCUAGAAGCUUUAUUUUUUGUUCAUCCGACAUCUUUUAAGAUAUGGCGUGCAUUCCCACAUGUGUUGAUGAUAGAUGCUACGUACAAGACGAACAAGUAUAAUAUGUCUUUUGUUGAGAUUGUUGGCGUAACUUCUACAAGAAAGAUAUUUUGUAUAGCUUUUGCCUUUAUAAGUGAAGAAAAGAUGGACAACUAUAAGUGGGUGUUAGAGUGUUUAAAGUUGACACUAGAUGAGUGCAUGCUACCACGUGUUACAAUUACCGACAAAGAGUUGGCUCUCAUGAAAGCAUGCAAAAAGUUUUUCCAAAUGCUACUCGAUUACUUUGUAGAUGGCACAUUAGUAAAAAUAUUUUGA